AUGCACCCUGAGAAAGUGAUGAACAUUGGAGGCGAGAAGGUUUUGUGCUUUCAAUGGCAUCCAAUGGCUUCUGACUUACUUGCGGUUGCUCUCUCAGACAAUUCGAUCGAAAUAUGGGAGUCGAAGACAUUAACAAGGAGAAGGAGAAUAGUGUCACAUUCUGCGCCCGUGAUGGCGCUUGGAUGGAGCUCAGAUGGGCAUCGGCUCGUCUCAAUCGGUAAAGAUCUCAUGUUGAACGUGCAUCAACCGCAGCUCGGCGAUGAGUGCCUGCUCGCACAGAAAAAGGUGCAAUUGUUCGAUGCCUCUUCUUUGAACGAGAUUUAUACGCAGCAAAUUGACAGCGGCACCCAACCACUUAUUCCUCAUUACGACUACGACUCAUCCGUGCUGUUCCUUAGCGCCAAGGGUAAUCGUACUAUUAACAUGUAUGAGGUCAGCUGCGAUUCUCCAUAUCUCCUGCCGCUUACACCAUAUACGGCUCCUCUUAUUGGACAAGCAAUUGCGUUCCACAAUAAGAAAAGGUGCGACGUUAUGGCUGUGGAAUUUCAACGUGCCUGGCGUCUGACUGAGAGGACUCUGGAGCAAGUUAUAUUCAGAGUACCAAGAGUUAAGAAAGACGUCUUUCAAUCGGAUCUCUUCCCUGAUGCUCUAGUUACCUGGCGACCAGUUAUGACUGCAGAAGAAUGGCUAGCCGGUAGCUCGAAGACGCCACAAUUUGAAAGUCUAAUGCCCGAAGGGGUUUCUGCAUUAGCCAAGCCUGCACCAUUCGUAGCUCCUUCUCGAGCUCCUCAAAAGCCGUUAUUGUCUAACCUGGAGCAUGCACAUGAACCGAAGAUUGAACCAGAUCGAAAAGAAGUGCAAAAUAGCUGGUCAGCUAAAAUUGUAGAAGAUCGCACUUUGGAACAGGAUGAAAUGGAAGAGAUGUUUCGUUUGCUAUGCGACGCGGAGGAAGUGGUGCAGAUUUUCGGACCAGUGGUAAAGGCACGAGAGCUGAGAUCAUCAGAGCUCUUCUUGGAAAAGAUUGCGGAGAUAAUAAUGAUCGAUUUAGUCAUUCCUCUCAAAGGUUGCACUACAAGCGCAGAGAAUCGCCAGAGAUGUUUCUUCUUGUUUAUCAACGGUCGUCUAGUUCAAUGUGCACCUCUCAAAUUCGCAGUGGAUUCGUUAUUCUCUGAUCACGACCUCCUGUGUACCUUCUCACUUAUAGCGUUAUCGAUCGAUCCAUCGCGGAUUGACGUCAAUGUGCAUCCUACCAAGCAAACCGUGUUAUUUUUGGAGGAAGAGGCAAUUAUUGAAGAUCUGCAAAAGGCUAUCCAGAAAAGGCUUAAGCGAUAUGUCUUCGAUCGGGAUCUGGCACCACGAUCGGUCAGCAGUUCCAAUAGCCUACUAACUUCAACGCAAAUUCAGAAGAAUUCCCAGCCAAACCCAGGCUGCUUGAUU